UCCAUCAUAAAGAAGCAAGGGCACAGGCACAGGGCCCGAAAAUGGCACUCCAUUUUCUCACAGGAACCAGAAUCCAGAAGGUACUGUUAGGAAGAAAACAAACUAAAAAAAAAAAAAAAAUGAAGUUCCUUCUCUUCACAUUUGUUGGAGUUGUUCACCUUUUAUCCCUGAACUCUGGAAAGGCUAUAUAUAAGGAAGAUGUCUCUCAAAGAACUUUUCAAGAAAUAAAAGAAGAAAUAGCCUGCUAUGGAGACAUUGCUAAAGCAAUCAUCAACCUUGCUGUUUAUGGUAAAGCCCAGAACAGAUCCUAUGAGCGACUGGCACUUCUAGUUGAUACUGUUGGACCCAGACUAAGUGGCUCCAAGAGCCUAGAAAAGGCCAUCCAACUCAUGUACCAAAACCUGCGGGAAGAUGGGCUGGAGAAUGUCCACCUGGAGCCAGUCAAAAUACCCCACUGGGAAAGGGGAGAAGAAUCAGCUGUGAUGCUGGAGCCACGAAUUCACAAGAUGGAGAUUUUGGGCCUUGGCAGCAGCGUUGGGACACCCCCAGAAGGCAUUACAGCAGAAGUUCUGGUGGUGACCUCUUUCGAUGAGCUGCAGAGAAGGGCCCCAGAAGCCAGAGGGAAGAUUGUUGUUUAUAACCAACCUUAUACCAACUACUCACAGACGGUGCAAUAUCGAGUCCAGGGGGCCGUGGAAGCUGCCAAAGUGGGGGCCUUGGCAUCCCUCAUUAGAUCAGUGACUUCCUUCUCAAUCUACAGUCCUCACACAGGUGUUCAGCAGUACCAGGAUGGUGUGCCCAAGAUCCCCACAGCAUGCAUCACAGUAGAAGAUGCUGAAAUGAUAUCAAGAAUAGUUUCUCGUGGGAACAGAGUUGUCAUUCAGCUGAAGAUGGGGGCGAGGAACUACCCAGAUGCCGAUUCCUUCAACACUGUGGCAGAGAUCAUUGGUAGAAAGUAUCCAGAGCAGGUUGUACUGGUCAGUGGACAUCUGGACAGCUGGGACGUUGGGCAGGGUGCCAUGGAUGAUGGUGGUGGAGCCUUUAUAUCAUGGGAAGCUCUCUCGCUUAUUAAGGAUCUUGGGCUGCGUCCCAAAAGGACUCUGCGUUUGGUGCUGUGGACUGCAGAGGAGCAGGGUGGAGUCGGUGCCUCGCAAUAUUAUCAGAUGCACAAGGCAAAUAUUUCCAAUUAUAGCCUGGUGAUGGAGUCUGACCUGGGAACCUUCUUACCCUCUGGGCUGCAGUUCACGGGCUGUGACAAGGCCAGGGCCAUCAUGGAGGAGGUCAUGCGCCUGCUGCAGCCCAUCAACAUCACACAGCUCUUCAGCGCUGGAGAAGGGACAGACAUUAACUUCUGGAUCCAAGCUGGAGUACCUGAUGCUCCACAGUUCAGCAAAGGAGUGGUGGAGCUGUGUGCACAUAAUGGGACAGAUGAACUCAGCUCUCACCAAAUCAGGUCUUCCAAUCAGUGUUACUCUACUUCAGGUAAAGACUUUUCCCUGGACAUUAGGACUUUCCUGUGGCCCUGAAACUUGAGCAAUAAAUACGCAUGU